AUGGUAAUGUAUUAUUUAUCACCAAUAAGUAUAAUUAUGGUUAGAAAAGUAUGUCUGAUGGAGGAGAUGAGAUGCAUUAUCAAUAACAGACCCACGAAAUGGGGAUGCAAAGUGAUAGAGAGACUAGAAGAGAUGGAGGCAGUGGAAGUUUGUCGUUGGAUCUGGGAGGGAGGUAAAGAGGAAGCAGUAGUAAUGAAGCUGAAAGAAGGUCUCGACAACUGGUGGAAACAGCAGCUAGAGAAGGAAUGGUGGAAGAUCGUGGACUCGGAAUUCAACCCGCUGUACAAAGAAAUACUACACGAAUAUCAUAUUGUACCAAUCAAUAUUUACUAG